CCCUGCCCUUUGUGACGUAAGACAAUGCCUGCCACGCGUCGGAAUUCGGCCCUGGGAACUGCCACGGGCACGAGUGACCAUCUGGAGAAAGCGCAGUGGUCUGCUGGGGCACACGCCAGAAACCAUGCAUUUCUUUUUCCGAUUGUUCGUUUUAUUUUACUUGUGGGGCCUUUUUACUGCUCAGGGACAAAAGAAAGAGGAGAGCACAGAGGAAGUGAAAAUAGAAGUUUUGCAUCGUCCAGAAAACUGCUCUAAGACAAGCAAGAAGGGAGACUUACUAAAUGCACAUUACGAUGGCUACUUGGCUAAAGACGGAUCGAAAUUCUACUGCAGCCGGACACAAAAUGAAGGGCACCCCAAAUGGUUUGUUCUUGGUGUUGGGCAAGUCAUAAAAGGUCUAGACAUUGCAAUGAUGGAUAUGUGCCCUGGAGAAAAACGAAAAGUGAUUAUACCCCCUUCGUUUGCAUAUGGGAAGGAAGGCUAUGCAGAAGGCAAGAUUCCACCUGAUGCAAUAUUGAUAUUUGAGAUUGAACUUUAUGCUGUGACCAAAGGACCACGGAGCAUUGAAACAUUUAAACAGAUAGACACGGACAAUGACAGGCAACUCUCUAAAACCGAGAUAAAUCUCUACUUGAAAAGAGACUUUGAAAAAGAUAAGAAGCCACAUGACAAGUCAUAUCAGGAUGCAGUUUUAGAAGAUAUUUUUAAGAAGAAUGACCAUGAUGGUGAUGGCUUCAUUUCUCCCAAGGAAUACAAUGUAUACCAACAUGAUGAACUAUAGCAUAUUUUUAUUUCUCCAUUUUUAAAGCAACCUACUGUACUUUAUAAAUAAAAGUCACUUUUCUCCAAGUUGUGGUUUCUAUUUUCCCCCAUGAAAAGAUAUUUUAACCCUUUAAUACCUGUAAUUUUAAUAUAAGAAAUGUGCAGCUGUUUUGCAAAUUUAA